AUGUCUGGUCGCCAGCAGCGUGUGAUGGUGCAGCCCAUCAAUGUAAUUUUCAAAAAUCUUCAACAGCGAACAAAAGUCGUCAUUUGGCUAUACGACAACAUCGACAUGCGGAUUGAGGGUCAAAUUAUUGGUUUCGAUGAAUUCAUGAACCUGGUCAUCGACGACGCCGCCGAAAUUUUCGUCAAAGAUGCCCAACCCCGAAAAGAACUUGGACGUAUUCUACUCAAAGGAGACAAUAUUACACUGAUACAGCAGGUAGUAUGAACGAUGUUGUAAAUGUUUUCAUUUGCCUGUAUUAUAUAUAUAACUACCAAAAAAAUUACAAGUUGUAAAUGGGAAGGAGGUGCGACAAAUUCAGGGAUUGACG